CUGCAUUGGUGCAAUAGGAGCUGAGCCGAACCCGGAGAGAAAGAUGGCAUCUGCUACAGACUCCCGUUAUGGCCAGAAAGAGUCCUCAGAUCAGAACUUUGAUUAUAUGUUCAAGAUCUUAAUUAUUGGGAACAGCAGUGUGGGCAAAACCUCUUUUCUCUUCCGAUAUGCGGACGACUCAUUUACCCCAGCAUUUGUCAGCACGGUGGGAAUUGACUUCAAAGUGAAAACUAUUUACAGGAAUGACAAAAGAAUCAAGCUGCAGAUCUGGGACACAGCAGGCCAGGAGAGGUACAGGACGAUAACCACAGCUUAUUACAGAGGUGCCAUGGGAUUCAUUCUGAUGUAUGAUAUCACGAACGAGGAGUCAUUCAACGCUGUGCAGGACUGGUCAACUCAGAUCAAGACGUACUCCUGGGACAAUGCACAGGUUUUACUGGUUGGGAACAAAUGUGACAUGGAAGAUGAAAGAGUUGUGUCAUCUGAAAGAGGAAGGCAAUUGGCAGAGCAUCUAGGUUUUGAAUUCUUUGAAGCUAGCGCCAAAGACAACAUCAAUGUGAAGCAGACAUUUGAACGUUUGGUGGAUAUCAUCUGUGAAAAGAUGUCAGAGAGCUUGGAUACAGCUGAUCCAGCUGUCACCGGAGCCAAACAAGGACCCCAGCUCACUGACCAGCAGGCACCCCCACACCAAGACUGCGCCUGCUAAGGAAAAAAAUCCUAGCCUUGUACACAAACCGUUCCUUCCCCCCACCUUCCUAACUUCAAUAGAGUGGUGACCUUUCCCUCAUGACCUUGAAUACUGCAUAUCGUCCGAAGAUGACUCUUUGUCUGUUACAAUCUUUUUAGUUAGAAUAUAUGUAGCAAAGAAAGAGAUCAAACAGAAUGGUUGAUAAAAAAAAAUAGUUAAAGAAAAGUAUAUAUCUAUAUCUAUAGAGAGAUCGAGAGAGAUGGGUGCGAUUUUCCAGAACUGAGUGGGUAAAGCUGAGAAAUGGUUGGAUAAAUAUUGCGUUUUCACAUCAUUGCUCAGUGGGGACUUUGACCUACAUUUGCCUUUUUAGCAUUUGAUGUUGGUACUUGCUCUUGAAUUAGUGGCAAUUUAAGAAAGAAGAAUGACUGUGCAGGACAAAUGUACCUUACAGAGAUGGCUUAAACACAACAUCAUGAGUGUUUAAACAGGUAUUCUACUGUUAACAAAGUGUAACCUCAUGGCCUUUCUACAACUUGAUUUUUAGGACAUGUUGACUAGGCCCUAGUAUUGGCAUUACACUAGCUGUAUCCUGGUGUAGCACAAUCGUCCUUUCCAAUGUAGAAGUACCAGGGAAUGCUUAUCAGGGAUUCUCUAUACAUAUAUAAAACCAUUUGGUGGCAACUGGCAGUCCUUAGUAUCAGGUGACUGUGGAACCUCACAAAAAUAGAUGAACCCAUAUUUGGAAAUGACCAUUGCUUUAAGUCUUGUAUGGAAUACAGUUUCCCUUUUAAUUAAUGUGGCAUUCCUGCUUAAAGGCAGCCGUUUUCUUGUUAAAUAGAUUUUUCCAAGCAUUUCUAUAGCCUACCCUUCAGCACUACUGUAAUUUUGUCUGCAUGAAAAUGAAUGUUCUCUGAACCUUACCAAAUUGUUUUCCCCCUCCCCCCCAUUUUUUUUUUUUGUGUGUGUGGGUGUGUGCGUUCAGAAACUUCCAUAUCAUAAAUCUUCUUCACUUUUUUGUGUUCAGAUUAUUUAUAUAUAUUAUAUAUAUAUUUUUUAUUAUACCGUGUCUCUUGUGUCUGAAUCUGAUGUGUGAAACUAUCGAUAUCAUCCUAUUUUCAUGAAGUGCAGUUCCAGCUAUGUGCCACUAGAUGGCAGCUGCUUAUAGAGGAGUUCAGUGGCCAGUAACAAGUCAUUUUGUCCUCUGCAUUAGGUGGUCAUAGAACCUUUUAUCCCUUGAAAAUAAAUAUUUUAAUUCUAUAUAAAUUAUGAACUUAUAGAAUAUAUAGGUAGUCACAAUAAUAUAUAGCAAAUUGUAUGUUGAAUAUCAUAGGCUUUUUAAGAAUGCAUUAAUUUGAGUGCUGUGAAUUUCCUAUGAGAUUUUGUUCAUGUAGUUAGAAUAAAAAGUAAAAAGUGAAA